GCAUGUUGAUAAAUAGACAUCACGGAAGCAUGACACUAUCUGAUUUAUUCGUUCAUCUUUGAUCAUUGUUGUCGUUCUCUUCUCUACCAUAUCAUCAGCAGGUCUGUUCACUUCAAUUCUUGACCUACAUUUCCAAAGUGUUAUACAUAUUGUUUAUUUGCACUUCAUAUUUUACAUUUUAACCGCCACUAUGUACUUAGCACGGCAGGCCGUUGUCACAUCCGCCUUGUUCGCAUUGGCGAACGGUCAAAACAUCAUCAGCGCUAUAGGAACCAAGGGCAGCAACACAAGCCAGGCACUACAAGUGGAUCUCAAUGACCCUAAAGAUAUGAACAUUAUCAACGUCGCCGAAAUUUCCUCCAACAUAGUUAAUCAGUGCGGUCGAACCAUCAAUGGAGGCAACAUCGAUGUUGGCGCGAAAGAAGAGGAUGCCCUCGCCAACGGCAAAGUGACUUCGGUGACGAAGGGUACCGAUGUGACUGUAACGCUUAGCGCAAACAGCACAAUGGCUAGUGGUACUUACACAUGCGAUCUCGAUCCCAAAGGGAAUGUUCAAGGUGCCACUGGACAAACCAAAUUGACCAGCUCUCAAAAUACCGCUAAUACGAACAACAACAACAACAACAACAACAAUAAUAAUAAAAACAACAAGAACGGAAAUAACAACAGACGGCUUGUCGUCAGACAGUCUGUUGUCGCCCGAGCCAACAAGGCCAGCAGCGGUAACACGAUGACCUUGACGGUAACCAUGCCCAGCGACCUGGCUUGUAUUGGAUCUUCUGCCGGAAAUGUCUGUACCGUCCGUUGUGUCAACGAGCAAGAUGUCGGUGGAUGCUUCGCGGUUCAACAAACCGACACCACGCCCCUGGACGGGAAUAACGACCCGAGCAACAUUAAUACAGCUCAAGAUCAAGCCGGUAUCACUAAGCAGAUUGCACAGAACAAGCAAGAUUUAGGUACUGCUGAAAAAGCCAUCGCGGACGUGGACGCUGACGCUUUGACGAAUGAGGGCAAACAGAACGCUGCUGUGGUUGCUGCCAUAAUAUCAGCCGAUCCUUCCACGACAUCUCAGGCCGCAGCGUCCAACUCAAACUCAGGCAAAAAGGGCAGUAGCAACAAUGCUAAGGGGCAAGGCAAGAACGGAGGCGGCAACAACAACAAUAAGCGUGCUCCUUCCGGUUCAAGAUGGGCCAAGAGACGUUCAUACAGCGACUUCGCUGACGAAUGAAGACACAGAUCGCUUGAUCAGCUGUUGACCCCGAAAGCGAGGACUUUCGAGAUAUAGCGUAGUCCUUAACGUGCCUAUUGAGGCAAGAUAUUGAAGCAUUCAUAGGGCAAUGUAUAUCCAGGGUUAUCUGUCAUGGCGAGCCAACCCCUGCAAGAGUUACUCAAAAUCAAUUACUAGACCAUACAUUCUGAUUCCGUUAGCGCGGGGACCUUUUCAAUUCAGAGUGACAUGAUUGAUUUCUUUUGGACAAGUAAAUUUUCUUUUUACAAAAAAGAGG